AUGCUCGCAUCUGUCCAAUCCCUUGCCCUCUACCCCUUCCUCCUCUUCGGCUCCGCCCUACUUGUCACAUCCACCGUAUAUGUCGUCUAUCAGUGCUUCUUUUCGCCCAUAGCUGCGUUUCCGGGGCCAUUUGCCGCAAAGCUGACCAAGGUAUGGCGAGCGUACACCACAUACCGAGGCCAAUGGCAUCGUGAUUUGAUCGAGUUGCAUCAACGGUAUGGGAAUGUUGUGCGAAUCGGACCGAACGAGCUAAGCGUGGGGCAUCCGGAUGCGUUUAGGACAAUCUACAGGGCCAACGGUGCCUUUGCCAAAUCCGCCUCUUACUCGGUGCUUCAGGGAUCGCGGCCAUUUGAUUUGACGGGAGAACGCAAUGAGAAGAUCCAUUCGGCUCAGAGACGGCUCGUGGCACGGCCUUAUUCGAUGGAGUCGGUUGUCCACCUUGAGCCGCAGGUUACCCGUCUCAUCGAUGACUUGCUCAUCAAGUUUGAUUCGUUUGCUACAUCGCCACGCCCCAUUGAUAUUGGCAAUUGGUUUCAACUCUUCGCUUUUGACGUCAUUGGAGCCGUAUCUUUUACAAAGCCUUAUGGAUUUGUUGCCCAGGCUACUGACGAUGGCAUGUUUGCCCGAAUUGAGCGAGCCAUGGGCAGCACCGCCUGGUUGAUGCACGCCCCGUGGUUCUUCAAGUUUCAUCAAAAGUUCAUCCUGCCUGUUUUUGGAAAUUUCCUCGGCGCAAACGAUAGAAAUGGCUACUUUUUCCAGUUUGCAAAGUCCGAGGUGCAAGACCGAAGAGACAAGGGAGGCAACGACAAAGACAUUGUGGGACAGCUCUUCCAAGCAGCACACGCUAAGACAGAGUUGACCGAUCUCGCGAUCUCUUUCAUGAUGACAUCCAACGUCUUUGCAGGGUCUGACACAACGGCUAUCGCUCUUCGGAGUAUCUUCCUUAAUCUCCUCCGUCACCCCCACGUGCUAUCAAAACUCAUAGCCGAGCUGGAGGAGCGGCGAGCAGCGGGCCGUCUGUCAAACACAGUUACCUUCCAGGAAGCUGAGGCGUGUCCCUAUCUGCAAGCCGUCAUGCACGAAGCAUUGAGGAUUUUCAGCCCGGCAGGAUUCAGCUUCGACAGGGAUGUUCCCAAAGAGGGAAUGAUUAUCAGCGGCAAAUUUAUUCCCGGCGGUACUGUCGUCGGCAGCAGCCCCUGGGUUAUCCACAGUUUACCUGAGGUGUGGGGUGCCGAUGUCGACAAGUUCCGGCCUGAGCGUUGGUUGGAGGGCGAGAACUCCAGUGAACUGAGUGAGAAACGCAUAUCAAGGCGCUAA